AUGAUUGUUUGGGCAGGAAAUUAUGCUAUUCAAAUGGAUUGGAUAAGAAGGUUGAUGGUAACUCUUGGCUUUGCUCGAGGUUUGCAAUAUCUGCAUGAACUUGCUGAUCCACUAAUCAUAUACAAGGAUGUCAAGUCAAACAUCCUUCUUGAUGAAUGUAUGACUGCAAAAGUUGCUGACUUUGGUCUCUUCAAGUUGUUCGGUGAUACUGAUCAGAAGGUUUAUGUUACCACCAAAGUCAAAGGAACAAUGCAUAUUGUAGAUUUCACGUUGUAUCGGUAUUAUGUUGUGCCAAUUUUUUCAGCGAAGCGCAAGCUUGGAAGAUAUGUUCAGGCUUGGAGGAGUGAUUCUAGCUUGUAUGAUAUGAUGGCAUAA